AUGCUCCAAAAAUUAUCUAGGAAGCACAUAGUGCUUGACUUGGUUCGGCGCUACGGUGUUGAGAAUCAAAGAUUGCAAAGCAUAAGAUCAACUACUACUAUCACAAGAUCAACAGGUUUACCAAGUGAAAGUUUUCCUAUUUAUAAUUCAUUCUUGGAGGAUUUAAAAAACAGAAAGGAUAUUCCUGGGAGAAAUGCCCUUUAUAACAAGUCAUUUUCAGAGAUAAAUGGAGAUUUAUUGAAUACGAUUUCGAGAGAAGAAACGCAAGAGGUUGCAUGGUCAUCCCAAUAUGACCCGGUAUCAAGAUCGCCGUUUGCAAAAGAUGUUGUCCAUUUACAAUCGCUUUUGGAUGCAUUAUUGUCGAGUAAGAACUUUGAUAGGGCCGAUAAGAUAUUGAAAGCAAUUUAUCCGCUCUUAUCAUCGCAAGAGAACUUUAUAUUUUCGCUCAAUAAGUACUUAGAAGCAUGGUCCUUUGAAAGCUCCACAUCGAUAAUAGAAAUGGAGAACUACUUGGAUAGUAUCCAACACCAAUUUAAAGAUGUGGUUCCAAAUGAUAGAACAUAUGCCAUCUUGAUUUCAAAAGCCAUAGAUGACGAAAAAACCUGCAUGUCAUACAUCUCUAGAAUAAAGUCUAACACAUCGAUGAUAAGAAAGGUCUUUACUCAUAUAGAUAUCAUUGGUGUAGACGGUUUGAUGAAAAUUUUUAAAGAUCCAUCCAUUACUGAAAAUCUUAUUCCGAAGGAUCUCUGUCCCUUAUUUGCACAAGUGAGAAAGCUAGACGGUAGCGGCAACAUGAAUGACGCCUAUUCCGAGGAGAAUGUUCCUGAAUAUUUUAAAGAUACUGAACUGAGCGUGCCAAUUGUUGAAAAGGACUCUGAUUCUUUAAAAGCCGUCGAUUCGUUUGGUUUGAAAGUUAUUAGGCAUACACUUUUGGGGUUGAAGACCGAUAAUAACUCACCAGUGCUAGAAGAGUUUAUUAAUAAUAUUGAAAGUGAAAUGAGUAACCAUGUCUUGCAUAACACCUCGAACCAAGAGAAGAAAGAUUAUUUUGCUGUUUAUAAGUGCUUAAAAACUGACGAACAAAGAGAGAAAUUCAAUGAAGCCUUAGAUUUAUUUAACGAGGGAAGACAGAGACAGUUAGAAUUGAGAGGUGUUGACGGAGCUAAAGAAAAAUGGAAGCAUGAAUUCGAAGAUAUGCAGAAAAGAGGUGCAAUUAAUCUUCAUAAGAGUCUAAACGUACAAUUAUUCAAUGGUAUUCUGAUUUAUUGCCAUAUGUUGAAGAAGAAGUGA